GAACCUUUAACCAUCUCAGAACUGGUAUACAAUCCAAGUGCCAGCCUGCUGCCCACCCCAGUUGAUGAUGAGAUUGACAUGCUCUUUGAUACCUCUCCAAGAGCAGAGAAUGAGAAAGAUGAUACAGAUUCAUUUGAGGAACUGGAAGCAGAUGAAAAUGCAUUUUUGAUUGCAGAGGAGGAAGAACUGAAAGAAGCUCGGAGAGCACUUAAGUGGAGCUAUGACUUUCUAAUGGGCAACAUAGAGGUGAAUGCUUUUGUGAAGAGUUUCUCCAGACUUCUUCUUGUAGGCCUUGGACUGUUGUUGUUUGUGUUCCCUCUUCUCCUUGUUCUCUUGGAGUCGGACCUUGAAAUCUCUUUUCUCCAUGAAAUCCGUCAGACACCAGAGUUCCAGCAGUUUCAUAUUGAAUAUUACUGCCCACUUAGGCAGUGGGUGGCUUGCAAAAUAAACUUCAUUCGUGACAUGCUGGGCAGCUUUUAAAUUUUAAAGAAAUGCGAUACAACUAAGGGCUAUAUUCAAAAUUCCAGUUAGUG